UGACAAUAAACAGCUGGGCAGGGGACGAAAAGAAAUGAACAAAAAUCAAAAUCUUAAAGAAAAAAACAACUAAAACCCCCCCCGAGAUUAAUUAUUUAUUAGUUUAGCUUCAUAAAAGUCGAAUAUGGAAUUUACCGUUCAAAACUUGGAGGAAGCGGUGGCGGUCUUCUAUAGGGCUGAGGCCCAUCAGCAAGCCGAAGCUCACCAGUGGUUAACUAAGGCCCAAAAUUCAUCGGAAGCCUGGUCCUUCGUUUGGGAACUAUUAGAUCCACAAAGGAGCUUCCAGGUGCAAUUUUUUGCGGCAACAACCUUACACACAAAACUAAUGAAGUAUUGGGCAGAGGUCCCGGAGGACCAUUAUGAAUUCCUGAAAAAAAAGAUCCUGGAAUCGAUUGUUAAUUACGCUAUGGGGCCCAAAAUAGUCUUAAACCGGCUCUGCAUUGCUCUAUCCGCCUACAUUAUUCACACGAUCCCCAAUCAUUGGCCGAACGCUUUCGAAGAGUUAGUGUCCAGUUUUCAGCCCCAUAAUUUGCCCACCAUCGAGUCCGAACGCGUUAUAUGGAUUCUUUUGGAGAUUUUAACAGUUAUUCCUGAAGAGUUCCAAAGUACCACACUCUCUUUAACACAGAGAAACAGGGUUAGGAUAGUGCUGCAAGAGGUCUCAAAAGAUAUUUUAAAAGUAGUCGAAAUGUGUUUGAUGCCUCUACCACUAAACGGCUUUGACAUGUCAAACUUGACAACAUAUUUGACAGCAGCCAGAUGUGGCUCUGCCUGGAUGCAAUUGGGGGGCCUAAAUAUCCAGGAAUGUGACGGCAUUUGUAAUUUACUCACAGAUCUUACUUGUUUCGUUUAUUGGAAUAAAUCUGAUCCGGAAUGCUUAUCGGGUGAAGAAAUGGAAUUAUCAGAGGUUACGGUCGAAGCUUUGACCGCGAUAGUGCAACACCCACAUAGCAGUAAAUAUAAAAAUUAUAUUACGAAAUUCGCGGCGAAUAUUUUAUACAAGUUCGAGAAAAUUAUUGAGACUGAAAGGGCGUCGCCGGAUUUAAAUAAGGAUGUCAUAGCAAACUUAUAUGGCCUAAUAAUAACCCUUGCGGACUCACAUUCGAAGACCUUUAUCGAUAAUUUAAAAUCUCAAAAUCCGGACGAGCAACGGAUCACUUUUGAUUUGUUUAAUUCGGUGUUAAAAUGUACGAAUUUGCCUGGAUUGUAUCCUGUUGAUGAGUCUAGUAGUACAAUCACUUUUGGAUUUUGGUAUACUUUACAGGACGACAUUCUAUCAUUCGACACGGCAGAAUGCGCCCAACUCCUCCUAAUGAUAAAACCGUUUUACCGCGACCUCGUCUGUAUUUUACUGAGGAAAUCGAUGCUCCCGCUGGUGGACGACACCAGUUGGACCCUGGACGAUAAAGAGGUCUUCCGUUGUUACCGUCAAGACAUCUCGGACACGUACAUGUACUGUUACAACGUCCUCAACUUGGAAAUGCUCGACAUUUUAACGACGAAACUGAACGAGGUACUGAGAAAGGAAAACGGCGUGCAACCGAAAUGGAACGAGAUCGAAACGUGUUUGCACGCGUUCUGCGCCAUCGCGGAAAGCAUCGAGAUGGAGAACUUGUAUCUGCCGAAAUUGAUGAUGACGAUCAAGGAAAUCCCGUUUAGCGAGUUGCAUGUUAAGGUUAUGACUACCGCUUUAGAGACUGUCGGGGCGUAUUCUGAAUGGUUCACAGACCAUCCCGAUUUGCUGGGCAACGUGUUUCCUUUAGUCAUUUCUGCCCUUGGUAAUCCGGAAAUAUCCACCAGUGCCACGAUGGCCUUGAAAGACAUCACUCACAAUUGCCAAAAGUAUUUGCUACCUUAUGUGGAUCAUAUUUUGAUCGUGUCACAGGUUGCAAUCCAGAGUGGAUCCCUUAAGCUGGGAGAAUGCAGAAGACUGAUGUACAGCAUAGGACGAGUGUUAAGCAUAAUUCCCGUAAAUAAAGUGAUGGACUACCUGAACGUGACUUUGGCCCCCUCGUUUGAAGAAAUCCAGAAAACCUUGCAACAGAAACCGACUCCCACAACGGCUCUAUCGCUAAUGUCAAGACUGAAAAUAUUGGCCGCCUUAUUCAACUCCCUCUAUGUGGAAUUAGAAGAAAACAGUCAGGCGGAACAGCCGGUUUACCUAAUAAUGAAAAAUACGAUGCCACUGUACCGUCAAAUAGCCGAACUAUAUUCCGAUAAUUUCGACGUUAUGUUGGAUUUAAGUUUUUUAUUGAAAUUCGUGGUGACCACUCUGGACGACGACUGUAAGCCACUUAUAAAGGACAUUUUGGAAAUCGUGGUGACCAUUUAUAGGAAAAAUCCGCAGACCCAUAUACUUGUUGUUGCCAAAACGGUUGCCAUACUUUUUGGACGAGAGGAGGAAUUCCGAAGCCUGAACGAAGAAUUAAUAAGCGAAAUAUGUACCAAAACUUUGGUAACGUGCGCCGAAUACAGUAAUCGACUCUCGGAAAUAGCGGAUUUAUUGGAAGGAUUCUUCCUGUUACUCUCCACUUUCAUUAAGAAGGUUCCGCAAUUGAUGUUUAAUAGUAAAGUGGAUACGGCGGCACUGUUUCAAGCUGCUAUACUUUGCUUAGUAUUACCAGAAACUCAGACCAUGAAAGCCAUAUCGAGUUUCCUAGUGAAUUUCAUCACCCAAAGUAGAGAUGUGAAUCAAGUAGAUGUAGUGCAGACCUACGGUGAAAGUUUAGUAUUAAGGCUACUAUUAAAUUUAGGAACUAAUACUCCCCGCUCCUGUUUAGAUCUCCUUAGUGAUAUAAUUUUAGCGUUAAAUAAAAAAUACUGUGAUAAUUUGAGCAGAUGGUUAAACUCACUUUUGACUCAGGAAAACUUUCCGUCUCCGAGGAUAACGGCUCAACAAAAGGAAAUUUUUAUUAAAGUAGUGUUAAGGGAAAAAGCCAGCAAACGAAAACUAUGUGAUUCCGUAUUAGAAUUCGCUCUGAUAUGUCGCGGUAUAGUCAAGCAAGAUUUAUCCUUACCAUAAACCGUGUAUAUUUCUAUUUUAAAUCUUAAUGUAAUAAAUAAAUGAUUGUUGUGUAUAAAAAAAAAA